AUGGCAGCGUUAAAAGAUCAUCCAGUAAUCAAGAAGGUCCAGGAGGAGCUUGUGUGCCCUAUCUGCCUGGAGACAGCGCAGCUUCCUGUGAAUUUCACGUGCUUUCGAGGCUGCGGGGGGAAAUUCUCCAACAACAGCACCUGCCUUCGCAGCGUACUCUGCCUCCACUGCGCCAACGACGCGCUGCACCUGGGCCGUCCCCCGCCCAGCCGCUUUCCCGACAGCGGCGGCUUCGCCCACUGCCUCAUUUGCAGGGAGACCCGCGUGGAUGCCCGCAUGCUGACACCGGACAACGCCUACCUGGUCAAUCACAACGUGGCGGCCAUCAUGGACGCCCUGGGACUGGGGGCGGUGUGCAGGCGCUGCGAUGAGGAUCACGAGUCCCAGUCAGCUCUGCACCAGCACUACGUCCGCCGCUGCCCCGCCGCCGUCGUCAAGUGCCGCUUCCGGAGCUGCGCGCACUGGCACACCCGCAGCGCUGCACCCGAACACGAGGCUACAUGUCCCGUGGGUCGUUCUCCAUGUGGGCAGUGCGGCGUGUGGGUGGACCGAACCGACCUGCUGCGACACAUGGUGACCACGUGUCGACUGCGUAUCGUGAACUGCAUGCUAUGCAAGCACUCGGCUCUCCUGCCAGACAUGUUGGAGCACCUGAGGCUGCACAAGAGGCAGCUCCAGGGCCAGGCGCGAGCGCGCGCAGCAGCAGCGGCGGCGGCGGCGGCGGCUAAUAACACUGCCAGCAUGGCGGCGGCGGCGGCAGUGGGCUCUGUCGUACCGGCCGCGGGGGAGCCGAAACCAACAGAGGUACCGACCGGAGGAGCAGGUGUACACGUCGCAGCCGCGGCAGCAGUGGGCAUGGCGGCGGCGGCGGCAGCGGUGGUUCCGGAGCAGCUGGGCCGUUUGCAAUCAUCUGGGGUGGUACGGCCCUCUACUCGGACGGUGUAUUCCGCUGAUGGUCGCCUUCCGCAGCAGCAGCAGCAGCAGCUGCAGCACCAGGCGACUGCUCUGACGCAGCUGCAGCAGCAGCAGCUGCAGCAGCAGCAGGUGCAACAGCAGGCGCAGCAGCUGCUGGAAAUGCUGCGCCGCCAGCAGCAACAGCUGCUACUGCGGCUACAGACCCAAACGCAGACGCAAGGGCACGCUCCGGGGUUCGGCACCACCACCACCGCCGCCGCCGCGGCCGCCACCACUACUGCCACCAGGGCCCCACCGCCGAUAUCCACCGCCAUCUCAGCGGCGCACACGCAGCCAGAUCGCGCACCUGUCGGACCACUGUCACAGCAACUAACUAACCAACCUCUCAACAACCAACUGCAGCCCCAAAACCAGCAGAGCCGUGGCAGCAUCUGCCUCCCCGGCGACCUGGCGGCGGCGAGAUUGGCCUCGUUGUCCUUGGCCGGUCUUGGCCGACCCUACGCCGACGGGGGAAGUGCUGGCGCGAUUGCCGCCGCCGGCGGCGGUGGCGGCGGCGGCGGUAGCGGGGCCCUUUCCAGUGCCCAUUCGAGUGCAGCCCUCACAACCCUGAGGCUGCCUUUACCAAUACCGUUUCCGCAGCCACCGGCGGCAGUAGUGUCUGCGGCAUCGGAAAGACUCCCACCGCCAGUACCACCGCCACCAGCAGCAGCAGCAGCAGGGGCAGGUGUGGCGCAGAGGGACGUUGGCUGGCAGAGCGACAGCGGCACCGCGCAACAGAUGCGGAUUUCUAUGGCCAUAGCGUCAGAGGGCGCCGGCGUCAACGCUGGUACGGAUGGAAUCCGCAGCGGCAGCCGCAGCGCUCGCGGCGGCGACGGCGGCGGCAGCAACGGCGGCGGGGGGACGUUGCUCGAGGUGCCGUCGGCACGGGCGGCGGCGGCGGCCGCGACGUUUGAGGCGGCGCUGCGGCGCACAUCUUCGCUGGUGGCCUUUGGGCAGAGGCGUCUUGAGCAGCUUCUUGCGGAUAUGGGAGGCGAAAUCGGGGGUGACGGACGCGGCGGCAGCUCCCGAGCAGACAUCGUACACCGCCGGGGGGCAUUUUGGCCGGCGGAGCUGGAUGACACGGCCGGCGGCGGCGGCGGUGGCGCUGGGUACAUGUACGAUAGGCGGCGUGGUGGGGACGCUGCCCCGGUCGAACAGGGCGCUGCUGGCUGUUCGUCAGAAGCGGCGGACGAAGCUGCGCGCUUGGUACGCACUGCCGCUGCCAUCGUACGUGCCUCCGCAGCGGCUUCGGAGCGGCGGAGUCAGCGGCAGAUGGCACUGACAGCAGGGGGAGUCGCUGCCGGUGGUGGUGGACCCGCGGCCACAUCCACCACCUCUUUCAGCGUCAGCAACAGCAGCCUGCCUAUUCCCUCCCAUACUCCUCCUCCUCCUCCUCCUCGUGCUGCUGCUGCUGCUCGGCUUGUGUUCGAUGUGUUGGAAAGGCUGGUCCGGGCCUCCUCCACCUCGCGGGAGUGCGGAGCAGCGCGGGUAUCGGCCUCGGGGAUACAGUAG